AGUAUUCAAGUCUAGUAACAAUCAGGAAAACUCCGCGGAAGGUAAUCCCGGCUUGGAGGAAGUGGUCUGCGAAGAAAAAAAAAACACUCCCCUCCACAAACCAGGACCGCCCCCCCCCCCCCCCUUCCCAAGCAAUCCGGCUGCACUGUCAACUGUCAUCCCUCCUCGCAUUUGACCGUCAGCACCAGAAGCGGGUAGUUCGGGUGUUCACAGUUUGUGAUUUGUGCCGUGAGAUAAGGCUGUCUCCAGACCCCAUCAACUCGCUGUACAAGCUUGAACCACCCCAAGAUGACGCUGCUGGGGUUGGUCUCUGCCAUCACGGGCUUCGUGAAGGUGCGCUUCCUAGAGGAGAAGGAGGUGAUAGACACGGCCAUUUUCCGUCUGCACUCCCGGGCAACAUGCGCCAUGCUCUUCCUGGCGUGCGCCCUCUGCACCGCGACAACCCUUCUGGGGGACCCCAUUGCGUGCUUGAACGACUUCAAAAAAGGUGACUUCAACAAGCCCCUGAACACGUACUGUUGGAUCUCGUCCACAUUCUCGCUGCCCAAACACCUGCACAAGCCUGCGGGGCAGGUUAUCUACGCGGGCAUUGGCCCCCACAGCCCGGGGGAGGAUGAGCAGACUUUCCACACGUACUACCAGUGGGUUCCGUUCGCCCUGCUGUUUCAGGGUAUCCUGUUCUACCUGCCCCACUGGCUGUGGAAGUCUAUGGAGCAGAAGAGGAUCGAAGUCAUCAGCAAGGGCCUACGUGGGGUCCUGGUGGACCCAAACAGAAGUCACGACUCGGUUGAGCGACUGGCGGACUACCUGGUGCAGACCGUCAACUCCAACACCCAUUAUGGCGUCGGCUACAUGCUGUGCGAGCUGCUAAACCUCGUUAAUGUCAUCGGCAACAUCUUCUUAAUUGACAAGUUCCUUGGUGGUGUCUUCCUGAGCUAUGGCACGGAGGUCAUUUCAUUUGCAAACAUGGAACAAUUCAACAGGACGGACCCUAUGAUCAGAAUUUUCCCACGAAUCACCAAGUGCGCGUUUCAUUCAUACGGGUCUUCUGGUUCCAUUCAAACGCACGACCUGAUGUGCGUGAUGGCCAUCAACGUGAUAAACGAGAAGAUCUACAUAUUCCUGUGGUUCUGGCUGUUUGCGCUGUGCGGGCUCACGGUCCUGGGAGUGCUGCACAGCCUCGCCUUGGUCGUGUCCAGAGACUGGAGGGCGGUCGUUCUGCGCAAGAGGUUCCUGAGUCGCCCCGAGGCGGAGUUCUUGGCGCACACGCUGCCGCUCGGGGACUUCAUGCUGCUGAACUUCCUGAGCUACAACGUGGACAGCAGUCUCUUCGACCUGUUGCUGCAGCAUGUGCACGCGAGAGUGAAAUUCAGCAACUUCAAGGGCCUCUCAAAGCACCUCCCGUACUGAACAGUUCUGGAUUUCUAUCGUAAUACAUAGUGAUUAAUUACACUUUGCAUUUAAAAAAUUUGGUUACAAAUUUUUGUGAACACAAAUAGCCAUAAUAGAUUUCCAAAUGACACAGUACAGUGUGGCUUGAAUUAUUGCAGUAGGUCUGUCAAGAUGGUAUUUUAAGUGUUCUCUUUCCCCUCCCUCAAAGUGGACCUGCAAGACUCACUGUCGGCAGAACUUUUGUCCUUACUUUGUUUUUUUCGGGUGAACAGAUGGCAAUUUUAAUGAAACGCAGCGGCUUAAAGUUUGUCCGUUGUGCUCUAGUCGCAAGUACGAUGUGUUGCUAUUGAAAUAUAUUUUAUGUGAUAGUUAUUUGACAAGAUGGUUGUGGCGGCACACUAGAAGAAAGUGACAAAAGUUGUUUUGGAUAUGCUGUAGAUUUCUAUGAACUUGUAUUUAUAUUAGUCUGAUAAUAUCCCAAUAUUUCUGAAAUCAUGCUAUCAGUCAUUUAGUUAUGUAUAUAGGAACAAAUGAUCUAAAUUUAGACUUUCAAAAAUGUUUGUAGUGCUACUUAAUUUUUAUAUCAAGCAUAUUUUUGUAACUAAAUGUAAUACUUAAUAUUAAUAUUAAGUGGUGGUAUUACGCUUAAAACAAAUAAUUAAUAGCAUAGGUAGAAACAUUUUUUUUAGUUACAGUUAAGUGAUAAAAUGUACAUAUGUACAGUAAUAAAUUAAGUUUAACACUAGUUACUAUUACAUACAAGCUAAUAUUUUUCAAAUAUUUGUUGGAUGCAUUUUGUACUCUACUAAGUUUGAUUCAGUUCGGGCUUCUUGUAGAGUGUAUAGUAACACUCAUUGCAACUGUUCCUACAAUUUUUUUUUUUAGUUAAUAGUUUAUAUAGGAUAAAAUAACUGUUACAAAGAGCUCUAUUAAUCCGACAUAUUUUUAUACCUACAGAUUAUAUGUAAUGAACAUUUGAAAAGUAAAUUAUUCUAUACAUAAGACAUUCAUUUCAUGGUAAUGUUUAAAUAUUCUACUGGUUUUCAAGUAGGACUUUGAACUGCUCAAAUGUAUAUUAUUAAGAACUAUAUGGUGGUUACAAGCGUAAUUAGAUAAAUAUGUAUUGAAAGUUUGAAAACUGCUUGAUUUAGUAGUGUAUUUCUGUACAUGAAGAAAUGUUGCAAUGGUAAGAUGUGUUGGAAGGAAGCCAAAGGGCUUUGGGCGUAAAUAACUUUAAAUAAAUAUUUCAGGUGGACUGUCAAUUUUAAUAACUGUAUGCAUCUUAUCAAAAGUUUUUGUGAAGUGUCUUGCUAUAAACUGUUAAAUAGAAAAAAUAACAAUGUUGAAA